AUGCCAGACCCACCGGUUAAACAAGCAUGUGAUGCAUGUCGCCGACGUAAAGUCAAAUGCAUUUUUCCAAAACCGUGUGAGCAGUGUCGAGCUGCCGGCCUAGUCUGCCGGACGUCUUCGCAGCGACAGAAAAAGGGGCGACAGGGUCAAACAGCCAAUAUUCUCAAUGAGCUCAGAACCAAUGAGCUUGCACAGGCGCUGGUCCGGGAUGCGAAUAUUUCCCCGCCGUCAGCCGCUCUCAGGCUUAGGGAUAAUAUACCAACACCCCAGUCAUUGCUAGCCGCGGGAAGAUGUCAGUUCUCGAAAACCCCGGGCCUGUUAAACCUGGACCUCGUCGAUGCCUGCUCAGUAUAUUUUUUCUCGCGAAUGAGAGGAACGGUGCCAGUUUUACAGCCCGAUAGCUUUCAAAAACAGGUGGACCUUGCCGAUACAUGCCUCCAUGCUUAUUGCUUAGUCACUGCUUUCUGCGCUUUUGUGGUCACUCAAACUGGAUUUGCCGCAGAGCACUCAUCCUUAGAAUUUUCUCGGGAGUUCUGUACUAAAGACUACCGAAAUUCCCUGAUUGAGGAAGCCACCGAAGCUCGAAGGCAUAUUGAUCCAUUCACAGAUCCUGUACGGCAAAGCAUUAUCAUCGCUUUCCUUCUCUAUGGAUGUCAUAUCGGACUGGGAAACCAACGGCAUGCAUAUUACUUUCUCCGCGAAUCCACAACGCUUUAUACUGCCAGCGCGCUUGAAAGUCAAUCAUCCUCGGCGCAAGAUGACGAGGACCCUUCCUUGGCAGGCAAAUUGUUUUGGCUCUUAGUGGUGUCCGAGAGGGACAGAGCUCAUGCAAUCCGCCGACAUAGACCAAUCACCCUCCGGGUCACUCCCGAAAGCCCUCAAUUGGAAGAUGAUCCACUUCCAAAUGCGUCAGCUAUUGGCUUUCGGUGUCUAGUAAACUUGUUUCUCCCAUUUGAUGAAAGCUUUUUGGGUCAUUGGAAUGGAAAGAAUACAACAUGCUCGAUGGAGUCGCUAGUUCGCCUUGAGGAGCGCAUCCGAAGUGCAGUCCCGGCGGACCUUGGUCUGCCUGAUAUACUCAUGGCCGACUUGCGUGUGUCCCAGCAAUGGCUGCGUAUCAUGAUAUGGCAGCUUUCUACAACUGCUGGAUUUCUUUCAACAAAGCCUACCCAUGAAUGCAUGGAUUUUCGCUAUCCUCUCCUAAUUGCUCAAGAUCUCUGCUUCGCAACAUGGAAAUUAUCCAGGCAGAGUAUGGAAACUCAUGGGAUCGGUCUUAUCGAAAAAGUAUUUGAGGUGGCAUGUACCUUGAUUGAUGUUAUGGCAUGCCUCUCGGCGGCUGGGCUGCGUUCUUCAGGCUUCAAGCUUGGCCCGCAGGAUUAUCUCAAGCACUUCUUCACUCUCAUCCACGAUCUUCCCGGAGGCCGCCGAAGGUUCCUUCCACUGCUGCUUACCAAAAUAGGGCAAACCCUGCCUUCCAUGGUAGACCCUAUCACUGUCCAUCUCAACCUCCAACCCGGACCUCUUGUUCCGAGCUCUACGAGUGAGGAAUCAUCACUGUCCAUUAUUACCGGAAACGACAGCUCAGUUGAAGAGCCUUCCACUGAAUUAGUUCCCGAGUCUAUGUCUGAUAAUUGGAUGAAUGGUAACUUCAACUAUGCGGAGAUGAGCCGCAUCGGCGAUAAAACACCAGAGAUUGAUGAGGCAUUUCUCCAAUACUCCAGCUAUUUUCCCUGA